AUGUCAUGUGCAGUCGCGCUGGAUGCAAAUAACCAUCUAUAUCCAGUUGCAUUUGGUAUUGUGGAUAGUGAGAAUCAUGAUUCUUGGAAGUAUUUCAUGUCAAAGCUAAAGGAAGCGAUUGGGGAAGUCGAGGACCUGGCGUUUGUAUCUGAUAGGCAUGCAAGUAUUACACAUGCCUUGGAAACUCUUUUCCCCGAUGCCUAUCAUGGUGCUUGCUACCACCACAUUAGUAUGAAUGUGGUUACUAAAUUCAAGACUGACCAUUGUCAUGUGUUGAUGUAUAAUGCAGCAUAUGCUUUUAGGAAAUCUGAGUUCCACACUAACUUUGAAAAAAUCAAAUCAAAAGACCCAGUCAUUGCUCAAUACCUAGAAGGCAUGGGUUUUGAUAAGUGGUCCCGUGCUUACUUUCCUGAAAAUAGGUAUAAUAUAAUGACAAGCAAUUACGCUGAAAGUUUCAACAAUAAGACCCGGGACGUUAGGAGCUUUCCGAUAACUACAUUCGUUGAAUUUAUUCGCUUCACACUACAGUCCUGGUUCUGUGAUAGGAGAGAAACUAGCGAGAAGACAACUACAGCUCUUGCACCGACCUAUGAGAAAAAUUUGGUAGAUAUGGCUGAGAAAGCUCGAUUCUUGAUUCCUUAUGCAAUAGGGAGGCAUGAGUUCCAUGUGUUAGAUGGUGAGCUGCAUGGUGAAGUCGACCUCCUGAAUAAGACAUGCACAUGCGGUGUGUAUCAGAUUAUUGGUAUCCCAUGUGCUCAUGCACUAUCUGGAUCCCUUAAGCGAGGGGUGAACUUUUAUUCGCUGUGUUCAGAUUACUAUAAAAUUGAGACAUGGAGGUCCUCUUACAUAGAAUCUAUAUAUCCUACUGGUAACGAGGAAGAGUGGAUUGUUCCACAUGACAUUAUGACAAUAGCAGUGAGAACAACUGCGCAGAAAAACCCGGUUAGUCGUCCAAAGAAGAAACAAGGUAGGCCUAAGACGAAACGUCAUCCUUCCAAUUGA